CCCAAAGAGCACCGACCCCUCCAGAGAGGCAUGUAUACCCGCAGAGCCGAGAGACCCCGCAGAGUGAAGUCCUUCGACUCCAUGAACACAAGCUUUGAUGACAAUCAGACGUACAAUGAGUUCAACAAAUCAAAUUAUACGAAGAUCGAAGACAACAAGGAAAACAAUGACAGUGUGGCCGAAAAGGGACGAGCGUCUGUCAUUUUCUCUCUGAAGAAUGAAGUCGGCGGACUUGUAAAGGCACUAAAACUUUUUCAGGAAAAGCAUGUAAAUCUGAUUCACAUUGAAUCCCGGAAGUCGAAGAGAAGGAACUCGGAGUUCGAGAUAUUCCUGGACUGUGACAGCAACAGAGAACAGCUGAAUGAGAUUGUCCAACUGCUCCGGCCGCACGUCAACCUGAUCACCAUGAAUCCUGCGGACAGCUUCUGCGUGGAGGAGGAUGACAUGGAGAGUGUCCCGUGGUUUCCCACCAAGAUAUCUGAGCUGGAUAAAUGCGCAAACAGAGUUCUGAUGUACGGAUCCGACCUGGACGCAGAUCAUCCUGGAUUCAAGGACAAUGUGUAUCGCAAGAGGCGGAAAUAUUUUGCAGAUGUUGCAAUGAAUUAUAAACAUGGGAACCCCAUUCCUCGCAUUGAGUUUACAGAAGAGGAGGUAAAGACUUGGGGCACCGUCUUCCGGGAGCUCAAUAAGCUGUACCCAACACACGCCUGCCGGGAGUACCUGAAGAACCUGCCCCUGCUGUCCAAACAUUGCGGCUGCCGCGAGGACAACAUUCCCCAACUGGAGGAUGUCUCCCGUUUUCUUAAAGAGCGUACGGGCUUCACCAUCCGCCCCGUGGCCGGGUAUUUGUCUCCAAGAGAUUUCCUGGCUGGUUUAGCGUUCCGGGUAUUUCACUGCACACAAUACGUCAGGCACAGCUUCGACCCACUCUACACCCCCGAACCUGACACCUGCCAUGAACUCCUCGGACACGUCCCCCUCCUCGCCGAGCCCAGCUUUGCACAGUUUUCCCAGGAGAUCGGACUGGCAUCUUUGGGGGCAUCAGAUGAAGCUGUACAGAAACUGGCUACGUGCUACUUUUUCACUGUGGAGUUCGGUCUUUGCAAACAAGAUGGGAAGCUGAAGGUAUACGGAGCCGGCCUGCUCUCCUCCAUCAGUGAACUCAAACACUCGCUCUCCGGUAAUGCCAACGUGAAGCCUUUUGACCCCAUGGUGACCUGCAACCAGGAAUGUAUUAUCACCACCUUCCAGGACGUCUAUUUCUACUCUCAGAGUUUUGAAGAAGCCAAAGAAAAAAUGAGGGAGUUCGCAAAGACAAUCAAGCGCCCUUUUGGAUUGAAAUACAACCCGUACACCCAAAGUGUGCAGAUACUAAAAGACACCAUAAGCAUCACCAAUGUGGUGAGUGACUUACGCCAUGACCUGGACAUUGUCAGCGAUGCCCUGAGCAAGAUGAACAAGCAGCUCGGCGUCUGAUGG